CAGGGCGGCAAGCAUAGGAACUUUGUUUGUCUGCGCGUCCUUGACAAACUCGCCGAGCACGCCCUGCAUCACGAGCGUCGCAGGUACACUCUCGUGCUGCGCACGGCAGGCGCCCGCGCGCGUCGGGGCACAACAACGGCGACUGUUUCAGCUCUGCGUCUGCGUCUGCGUCUGCGUCUGCGGGUUUGACGCGGACGCCACGCGACGAUGCUGAUAUGGCAUUUCGGGAACGCCCAGCGUCGUCGACGCACAGCCACGGGUAAGGAGGCCGAAAAAAAACCGAGCUCGUCGGUCUUGAAUUUGGGACGUGCGCUCUGCCUCUACAUGAUCGUGCAGAACCGCGACUUCUUCUCCUCGCCCUGCUCCACUGCGGUCGAUAGCGCCGUUGCGGGCGCGAUCUUGGUGAACUCGUCACUGGCGAUGUCGAGCGACGCGUGGCCCUCCGAGAACCACCCGCCAGGGAAGAAGCGCGAUGAUGUCUUGCUCUCGUGCCACUUGCACGACGGCUUCGCGGGGAUGUCAACCCGUAGCGAGGACGCGGUCCGCGCUGCUAAUGAUUCUGUUCUCGCCGACAGGGGCGAGGCCGCCUGCAGUUGGACUUGACGGCGAGGGGCUGAAAUUCUGGGCGUCGCAGGGCUUGAGGGUCGUGAUAAGGAUCAGGGGGAGGGAGAGGAUGCCGAGUUCGGACGCGAGCGUGUCGCCCACACUGGCACGCGUCGUAUGGCCGCCGUCGGAAAAGCGCCGAACAGGAGACCACGCGCGCCGGCGCCGCGAUGUUGUUGGUAACCCGCCGAACGAGACGCCAUGCGCGGAGGCGCACGACCGAGACGCAGAAGGCCGCGAGCACGCGUCGUAUGGCCGCCGUCGGGAGAGUGCCGAACGAGAGCCCACGCACGCCGGCGCCGCGGUGUCGUGUCAUCCGAGCCCAAACCAGCGGAACACGGAGGAUGAGGCGCAGUCAAUGUGAGGGAGGCGCGCACACUGCGAGUCGUGGAUGCUGGCGUCGACUCGGAGGGCGCUGCAGGCUGACCGAGGAGCACGCUGGGCGUCAGCGGAACAAAGAACCCGCCGAACGCGAUUCAUGGACUUUCGAAAUGUCAUUGAGGUGGCUGAAACUGCGAUGCUUGUUGUAGAUGCGUGCGCCGUGUGCGCUGGCGACGUGACCCGGUCACGGACGUAGACGGUCACAAAAAGACCACCACGCCAGUUCGAUUAGCACAUGUUGAAAGUGCAAAUCAAGUUUAAAAACAUUCUUGACGAGGGCGAGACAGCACCUUGGCCAUUGGGAUUCGGCUCACGGCUAGUGCUCCUUGUACAGAGUACAUGUCCGUAGAGCUUGUGCCCGUGGUCAGAGGGCACUGGGGGAAUGAUGACCCCAUUGUGCAAAUAGGAAACAUGAAGAGAGAAGGAAGACCCUGGAUAGUUGGGCCAUCCAGUACGCAUGCGUAGGGAUGGGGGCCAGCCUGGGUAUAG